AUGUUAGUACGUUUAUUAAUUUUUUUUUGCUCACAGGAAAUCCGUCAGCAAUCAAGUGAGCUGCCCUGCAAACUUGCUAAAUUACCUGAAAACAAAACUCGGAAUCGCUACAGAGAUGUCAGCCCAUGUAAGUUUUGUUCUCUUGAUGCCAUCUAGUUCAAGAAUGGGCAACUUUGAUGGGGUGGGGGCCACAAAAAAGAGAAGAUUUAGCAGUUUUACAUGUUAUUUCCUGCAAUUCUAUACAGUUUGCCAUAGGCUGGAGAGAAAUGCUUUCCGUUUUUAUAGUGCCUUCGGAAAGUAUUGACACCCCUUGACUUUAAACUGGUAUUUAUUGUCACUGGCCUACACACAAUACCCCAUGUCAAAGUGGAAUUAUGUUAAAAAUGAAAAGCUAAAAUGUCUAAGUAUUCAUCCCCUUUGUUAUGGCAAGCCUAAAUAAGUUCAGGAGUAAGAAUGUGCUUAAGUUGCAUGGACUCACACUGUGUGCAAUAAGUGUUUAACAUGAUUUUUGAAUGACUACCUCAUCUCUGUAUCCCACACAUACAAUUAUCUGUGAGGUCGAGCAGUGAAUUUCAAACAGAUUCAACCAGAAAUUCCAGGGAGGUUUUCCAACGCCUCGCAAAGUAGGGCACCUAUCGGUAGAUGGAUAUUCAAUGUUUGCUUUUUUUUUUUUUUUUUUUACCCAUUUGAGCAUGGUGAAGUGAUACAUUACACUUUGGAUGGUGUAUCAAUACACCCAGUCACUACAAAGAUACAGGCGUCCUUCCUAACUCAGUUGCCUGAAUGGAAGGAAAUCGUUCAGGGAUUUAACCAUGAGGCCAAUGGCGAUUUAAUUUUAAACGGUUAAGAGUUAAAUGGCUGUGAUAGAACUGAGGAUGGAUCAACAACAUUAUAUUACUCCACAAUACUAACCUAAUUGACAGUGAAAAGGAAGACUGUACAGAAUACAAAUAUUCCAAAACAUGAAUCCUGUUUUCAAUAAGGCACUAAAGUAAAACUGCAAAAAAUAUAGCAAAGAAAUGUAACUAUGUCCUGAAUGCAAACCUUAUGUUUGGGGCAAAGCCAACACAUCACUGAGUACCACUUCAUAUUUUCAAGAAUGGUGAUGGCUGCAUCAUGUUAUGGGUAUGCUUGUCUUCGGCAAGGACUAGGGAGGCAAAAUCCUAGAGGAAAACCUGGUUGUCUGCUUUCCAACAGACCCUGGGAGACAAAUUCACCUUUCAGCAGUACAAUAACCUAAAACACAAGGCCAGAUAUACACUGACUAUUAUUGAGUAGCACCCCCCUCCUUUUGCCCUCAGAAUAGCCUCAAUUCGGCAUUGACUCUCUACAAGGUGUCAAAAGUGUUCCACAGGGAUGCUGACCCAUGUUGACUCCAAUGCUUCCCACAGUUGUGUCAAGUUGGCUGGAUGUCCUUUGGUUGGUGGACCAUUCUUGAUACACAAAGGAAACGGGUGAGUGUGAAGAACCCAGCAGCGUUGCAGUUCUUGACACAAACCGGUGCGCCUGGCACCUAUUACCAUACCCUAUUCAAAGGCACUUACAUUUGUUGUCUUUCUCAUUCACCCUCUGAAUGGGACACACACAAUCAGUGUUUCAAUGUCUCAAGGCUUAAAAAUCCUUCUUUAACCUGUCUCCUCCCCUUCAUCUACACUGACUUGAAGUGGAUUUAACAAGUGACAUCAUUAAGGGAUCUGGUCUGUCUGUCAUGGAAAGAGCAGGUGUUCUUAAUGUAUUGUGUACACUAGUUGCUUACCAAGACAACAUUUGAAUGUUCCGGAGUGGCCUAGUCAGUUUCGACUUGUAUCGGCUUGAAAAUCUGAGGACUUGAAGUUGGCUGUCUAGCCAUGAUCAACAACCAACUUCAGAGCUUGAAGAAUUUAAAAAAGAAUUGAGCAAAUCUUUGCACACCUAGAUUGUACAAUCUCUUCGACUUAACCAGAAAGACUCAGCUGUAAUCGCUGCCAAAGGUGAUUCUAACAUGUAUUGACUCAGGGGGUUGAAUACUUAUCUAAACAAAAUAUAUUAGUGUUAUUUCUUUAAACAAAUGUUAGAAUCUUUCUUCCACUUUGACAUUAGAGUAUUUUGUGUAGAUUGUUGACAAAAAUGACAAAUCAAUUUUAAUCCCACUUUGUAACACAAAAAAAUGUGGUAAAAGUUAAGGUAUGAAUACUUUCUGAAGGUAUGAAUAAGAGAUCUGAGUGGGCGUGAUUAACAAAAUCAAUAGGUGCCACCCGGUCGGUAAUUCCACCAUGAUUACUACAAAUUUAGAAAGCUGUCCGCUAGACUAAUUUACAAAUGAAUGAAUAAAUGUUAGCUGCUGAUGCACAACCAAAUUUGAAAAUUGCCCUUAGUUUAUUCUACUAUUCUCAACAGUAAGUUGAGACCCUGACUGACUUGAUCCACAGGCCUACAAAAGGGGGGACACGGCGAUCUAGUUAGAGUACUGAGCUGCUGCGAUUCCUCGGUCUAGGUAGACAGAAGCAUAACAUAAGGUGACAAAAUUACAAUAACAGGCUCAAACAUUGGAUAUAGUUGAUGCAUCAUGCAGGAUAGCUUUUGAUACCAGUGCAAUUUGCGAAAUAAUCACUGUUCUUGUAUUUGGGUGCUAUAUACUGUGACUGAACCUGUGUUAAACUGUAGUCUAUGAAACAUGUAUGGUAAUGGAUGUAUCUUUCAAGGACUGAUGCCUCACAAGUAGUUCAACAGAUCAAGCUUUUACAGUUGUCAUGUCUUUUUUUAGUCUUCCGUCAUGGUAACUAGACAGAGCAAAGCUGUUGUGGUUUCCUCUUUACACAAAGAUGCAAAAAGUGAACCUAAACCCUAUGGGACAGAUCGGUCACAUGUCAACCAGGGUGUCAAUAUGUUCUUGUUUCCUGAUUUGAUGUAAAGUGAACAGCAGCCAUUCAAAAUACUUGAAGUAUUUACUUUAGUACCAUUCCAACUCUUUUGAUUUAGUUGAGGAGAAAUGGCCUAGAUAGUAUUUCCUGUUUAGUUGAGUGGAUUAUAAUAUAAGAGAAGAAAUAAACACUGCUGUCUUUCAGUCACAGAUGGAUCUGUUGGAUGCACUGUACAGCUGCACCAAAGGUCUCUUGGGAAUUUCAUCUCUAAACACAAGUCCCUUGGGAUACCGCAAAGUUGGAAGUGUUUUCUUUUCAUCAGCCUUCUUUCAUUCUCUGCAGUUGACCACAGCAGAAUCCGCCUGCAACUGGGUACGAACGACUACAUUAACGCAAGCCUGAUUUCUGUAGAAGAGGCACAGAGAAGCUACAUUCUUACUCAGGUUUGUAAUCUGGUUUUUGUACUCUGGUUUAUAAGGGAUUUCUGAGAAUAAAUUGUCUAGAUGUCAAGUGAUUACAGCGAUUUUACUUGGUUCAGAAUGUCAGAGUUGCGCAAGGGCAUCUCUCAGAUUUGUCAUGCUACACUGGAAGAAAUGUUUUAUUACAUUAUCACAUUGAUUCUGUUUGAAGAUACACACCCACUGAGGUUUCAUUUUAGGCUAGUGAAGAAGUGGUACCUGACUUGAGUGCCAUUUAAUGAGAUCUACAGUGCAUUCAGAAAGUGUUCAGAACCCUCAACUUUUUCCACAUUUUGUUACGUUACAGACUUAUUCUAAAAUUGAUUACAUUAUUUUUCCCCCCGGCAAUCUACACACAAUAUCCCAUAACGACAAAGCGAAAACAGGUUUUUAGAAAUUUAUUUACAUAAGUAUUCAGACCUUUUGCUAUGAGACUUGAAAUCAUCCUGUUUCCAUUGAUCAUCCUUGAGAUGCUUCUACAACUUGAUUGGAGUCCACCUGUGGUAAAUUCAAUUGAUUGGACAUGAUUUGGAAAGGUGGGUGCCACGAAGACUCUUCCUAGAGCUGGCCGCUCGGCCAAACUGAGCAAUCAGGGGAGAAGGGCCUUGGUCAGGAAGGUGACCAAGAACCCGAUGGUCACUCUGACAGAGUUCCUCUGUGGAGAUGGGAGAACCUUCCAGAAGGACAACCAUCUCUGCAGCACUCCAUUAAUCAGGCCUUUAUGGAAGAGUGGCCAGAUGGAGCCACUCUUCAGUAAAAGGAACAUGACAGCCCGCUUGGAGUUUGCCAAAAGGCACCUAAAGGACUCUCUGACCAUGAGAAACAAGAUUCUCUGGUCUGAUGAAACCAAGAUUGAACUCUUUGGCCUGAAUGCCAAGCGUCACGUCUGGAGGAAACCUGGCACCAUCCCUACAGUGAAGCGUGGUGGCAGCAUCCUGCUGUGGGGAUGUUUUUCAAUGGCAGGGACUGGGAGACUAGUCAGGAUCAAGAGAAAGCUGAACGGAGCAAAGUACAGAGAUCCUUGAUGAAAACCUGCUCAGGACCUCAGACUGGGGCAAAGGUUCACCUUCCAACAGGACAACGACCCUAAGCACACAGCCAAGACAACGCAGGAGUGGCUUCGGGACAAGUCUCAAUGUCCUUGAGUGGCCCAGCCAGAGCCCGGACUUGAACCUGAUCGAACAUCUCUGGAGAGACUCUCCCCAUCCAACCUGACAGAGCUUGAGAGGAUCUGCAGAGAAGAAUGGGAGAAACUCCCCAAAUACAGGUGUGCUAAAGUUUGUAGCGUCAUACCCAAGAAGACUCGAGGCUGUAAUCGCUGCCAAAGGUGCUUCAACAAAGUAGGGAGUAAAGUGUCUGAAUACUGUCUAAGCCUGUUUUUGCUUUGUAAAUAUGGGGUGUUGUGUGUGUGUAGAUUUUUUAUUUUUUUUUGGGGGGGGGGGGGGGGGGGGGGUGCAAUUUAAUUCGUUUUAGAAUAAGGCUGUAAUGUAACAAAGGGGAAAAAGUCAAGGGGUCUGAAUACUUUCCGAAUGCACUGUAUAUCAGAAGUUGGUAACACUUAAUUUGAUUCUUCACUGACAUGCUCCUACGACUAGUGUAGCCUGUCGCAUAUAUUACAGUGGGUGUGUUUUUAACUGUGCCUGAGACAUAAAACCCUCCAGGAAAAGAGCUGUUUAACAAUACCUCUCACUCUUCUUUCCUCCAAAGGGGCCCCUUCCAAACACAUGUGGUCACUUCUGGGAGAUGGUGUGGGAGCAGAGGACAAUGGGAGUGGUGAUGCUGAACCGUGUCAUAGAGAAAGGAUCUGUGAGGAUUACCUUUUUUAUUUAGUUUUUUUUAAAAAUACGAGCCCCCCUCAAACCACUAUGGACCUCCAGUUGCAGAGUACUGCUCUGUUUCCGGUGCAACAUAGGGGCCCUGGACAGUGGCUUUAUAGCUUGUUCACAUAAGGGCCUUUCCUCAUCCUAUUUCAAAAUAUAAACAUUAUACUUAUUCAGUGUAAACAUCCCAGUCAAAUGUAUGCACUCCUGAAACUUCUGACAAUUUUCAGGUGAAGUGUGCCCAGUACUGGCCGCCUAGAGAGGCGAGGGAGGCGGUCUUUGAAGACACACAUUUCAAGCUAACACUUGUUUCAGAAGACAUCAAAUCCUACUACACUGUCCGUCAGCUGGAGCUAGAAAAUCUGUCGGUAAGAUUAGUCUUCCUUCGUUGUGCAAUCUUCUGUUCUCACAAGAUCCUAUUAUAAUCUUAAAUUAGAUACUAAGGCAUAAAAUCAAACCUUGAACAAAUGGUUACACUUCCUGUUACAGUGCCCUUUUCACUGAUCUACACUAUAUACAGAAGUAUGUGGACACCCCUUCAAAUUAGUAGAUUCGGCUAUUUCAGCCACACCCGUUGCUGAGCACAAGGCCAUGCAAUCUCCAUAGACAAACAUUGGCAGUAGAUGGCCUUACUGAAGCGCUCAUUGACUUUCAACGUGGCACCGUCAUAGGAUGCCACCUUUCUAACAAGUCAGUUCGUCAAAUUUCUGCCCUGCUAGAGCUACCCCGGUCAACUGUAUGUGCUGUUAUUUUGAAGUGUUAAGGUUUAGGAGCAACAGCGGCUCAGCCGCGAAGUGGUAGGCCACAAGCUCACGGAAUGGGACCGCUGAAGCGUGCAGCGAGGAAAAUCGUCUGUCCUCCAGUUGCAACACUCACUACCGAGUUCCAAACUGCCUCUGGAAGCAACGUCAGUGCAAUAACUGUUCGGCGGGAGCUUCAUGAAAUGGUUUUCCAUGGCUGAGCAGCCGCACAAAAGCCUAUGAUCACAAUGCCAAGUGUCAGCUGGAGUGGUGUUAAGCUUGUCGCCAUUGGACUCUGGAGAAGUGGAAACGCGUUCUCUGUAGUGAAGAAUCACGCUUCACCAUCUGGCAGUCUGACCGAUGAAUCUGGGUUUGGCAGAUGUCAGUACGCUACCUGCCCCAAUGCAUAGUGCCAACUGUAAAGUCUGGGGGAGGAAUAAUGGUCUGGGGCUGUUUUUCAUGGUUCGAUCUAGGCCCCUUAGUUCCAGUGAAGGGAAAUCUUAAUGCUACAGCAUACAAUGACAUUCUAGACGAUUCUGUGCUUCCAACUUUGUGGCAACAGUUUGGGGAAAUACCUUCCCUGUUUCAGCAUGACAAUGCCCCCGUGCACAAAGCGAGGUCCAUACAUAAAUAUUUUGUCCAGAUCGGUGUGGAAGAACUUGACUGGCCUGCACAGAGCCCUGACCUCAACCCCAUCGAACACCUUUGGGAUGAAUUAGAACGCCAACUGCGGGCCUAAUCACCCAACAUCCGUGCCCGACCUUGCUCUAAUACUCUUGUGGCUGAAAGGAAGCAAGUCCCUGCAGCAAUGUUCCAACAUCUAGUGGAAAGCCUUCCCAGAAGAGUGGAGGCUGUUUAUAGCCGCAAAGGGGGACCAACUCCAUAUUAAUGCCCAUGAUUUUGGACUGAGAUGUUCGAUGCGCAGGUGUCCACAUACUUUUGGUCAUGUGUAUAUUUAAGUUUUAAAAUGCCCGAGAAGCCGGUGUUUGGAGGAUAUAUUGGCAUCGAUGUUCGUCUCGGGCCGGCAAACCGUGCCAAUAUAUCCUCAACACCGGAUACGGGUUACCAACAUAUUCAGAAUGAUUUUCAUUAAUGUUAUUUUGAUUAAUUUAUUCAUACUAUUUCAUUCUUCCACAAGAGAGAAACUCAGCAAAAAAAUAAACGUCCCUUUUUCAGGACCCUGUCUUUCAAAGAUAAUUUGUAAAAAUCUAAAAUAACUUAGCAGAUCUUCAUUGUAAAGGCUUUAGACACUUUCCCAUGCUUGUUCAAUGAACCAUAAACAAUUAAUGAACAUGCACCUGUGGAACGGUCUUAAAUACACUAACCGCUUACAGAUGGUAGGCAAUUAAGGUCACAGUUACUUAGGACACUAAAGAGGCCUUUCUACUGACUCUGGAAAAACACCAAAAGAAAGAUACCCAGGGUCCCUGCUCAUCUGCGUGAACGUGCCUUAGGCAUGCUGCAAGGAGGCAUGAGGACUGCAGAUGUGGCCAGGGCAAUAAAUUGCAAUGUCCAUACUGUGAGAUGCCUAAGACAGUGCUACAGGGAGACAGGACGGACAGCUGAUUGUCCUCGCAGUGGCAGACCACGUGUAACAACACCUGCACAGGAUCGGUACAUCCGAACAUCACACCUGUGUGACAGGUACAGGAUGGCAAUAACACCUGGCCGAGUUACACCAGGAACGCACAAUAUAAUAAAUAAAUAAUCCCUCCAUCAGUGCUCAGACUGUCCACAAUAGGCUGGACUGAGUGCUUGUAGGCCUGUUGUAAGGCAGGUUCUCACCAGACAUCACCGGCAACAAUGUCGCCUAUGGGCACAAACCCACCGUCGCUGGACCAGACAGGACUGGCAAACAGUGCUCUUCACUGACGAGUCGCGGUUUUGUCUCACCGGGGUGAUGGUCGGAUUCACGUUUAUCGUCAAGGGAAUGAGCGUUACACCGAGGCCUGUACUCUGGAGCGGGAUCGAUUUGAAGGUGGAGGGUCCGUCAUGGUCUGGGACGGUGUGUCACAGCAUCAUCGGACUGAGCUUGUCAUUGCAGGCAAUCUCAACGCUGUGCGUUACAGGGAAGACCUCCUCCAACCUCAUGUGGUACCCUUCCUGCAGGCUCAUCCUGACAUGACCCUCCAGCAUGACAAUGCCGCUAGCCAUACUGCUCGUUCUGUGUGCGAUUUCCUGCAAGACCGAAAUGUCAGUGUUCUGCCAUGGCCAGCGACGAGCCUGGAUCUCAAUCCCAUUGAGCACGUCUGGGACCUGUUGGAUCGGCGGGUGCUGGGUAGGGCCAUUCCCCCCCAGAAAUGUCUGGGAACUUCGCCUGGCAUAACUUUUGCUCUCACUAGGAUACUGUUCAGAGGAGCUAGCCAACUACGCAGCUAACACAAUCACAAACUGAAGCUGGAAAGACUGCAUUUUGUUUAGUUUGACUGGUUUUUCUAUUGACAUUUUAUUUUGUAUAUUCAUAAAAAUGCUGAUUCAUGAUUUUGACUGGCUGCGAAAAGCUGCCUGCCUGUCUCGUCCCGACUCCUGACACGUUCAUUACUAAGGGACAGCUGGAGAUCAAAUUUUAAUGUUGCAAAUGUCAGACAGACAGCCAGGUUUAUACACAUUUCUGCUGUUGAAAACCAAAUGAUUUUCUUAAAUAAAUGGGAGAUAAUGUUUAGACGCUUUUUACAAUAGAGAUCAAGUUCAUAAAUUGCCUGGUAGGGCUGAUGAGACCGUGGAUUGCACAUUGAGAUGGAACAGUGACUAGGCAUUUCAAAGUCAUAACCUUAGCCGGUGUUAACUUGCGAAAUAGACACCGGCAGUUUUAACCAGUAAGCAUCCAGGAUUAUUCCCACCCAUUUGUAUAAAUAACCCAUAUUCAUUAUAAGAGGAGUGCACUGUAGUUAUUUAUUAUCAUUACUAUCAGCAGAGAUCCAGGCUAUUCCUAGAAAUCCUCUACACUGCUUUGAAGCAGCUUCGGUGGGUUUGACGUCCUUCUACAAGCAACUGAACUCAGGCCUAUCAUGUUCCAAAGUCAUUUAUAACAUGAUUCCUAGAAGCUUGUCUGAGAUUCUUAAAGUUGUUAUUGACUUCUGUUCAUACUAGUGGUGGUGGGGGCAAUACAGUAAUCGAUAUCUCUACUCUAUUUUAUGCGUAGUCUGUUUUUUUUGUCCCCAUUUCUACAGACUCUGGAAACUAGAGAGAUCCUACAUUUUCACUACACCACCUGGCCUGACUUUGGGGUGCCCGAGUCUCCAGCUUCCUUCCUUAACUUCCUGUUCAAGGUGCGGGAGUCUGGGUGCCUCAACUCUGACCAGGGGCCUGUGGUGGUGCACUGCAGCGCAGGCAUCGGACGAUCAGGAACCUUCUGUCUCGUUGACACCUGCCUCUUACUGGUCAGUACUGCAUUGGGAAUCCCAUUCGAAAUGUAAAACUUUAUUCCUCCCACAAGGGGGAAUUGUGCAAAUGUGGUAUUGAGCAUGAGUUGUGCAGACACACAUUUCCAAUGGCUUUAUGAAGAAUCAUGACUUCAUGUUAAGUGAUUGUCAGCCUACCCAUUGAAACUUGCUGUGAAAUAUCUUUUUGCAGAUGUCCAUGCGCAAGGACCCGUCGUCUGUGCACAUUCGUGACGUGCUGCUGGAGAUGCGACGCUAUCGGAUGGGCCUGAUUCAAACAGCUGACCAACUCAGAUUUUCCUACCUCGCUGUUAUUGAAGGUGCCAGGUGCAUCAUGGGAGAUGCAUCAUUGCAGGUAAGUUGAAUCUCUUUUAGUUUCUGCCAUGAACCAAAGUGCUGUAGUAGGUCAUGCACGCACAUACAAAUUGGGUCUCCGGUGUCUCUAAAAUGUCUUUGCCUUGUGUAGGUUUAUUUUUUUUUUUCAGGAAGAACUCGUUGGCCACUUUUUAUACUUGUCCUCUAAUGAAUAAUUUAAAGUAGGCCAAUUGGGUCAACUGUUUUAUUUGAAAGGUUUGGAUUUGCGAAGCUCUAACUAGAUGCAGAUGUCUCCUCAUAAUGUAUGGAGAAAGGUCAUAUAUAUAUUCUCUUCUCUGUAAAAGCCUAUUAAUGUUUAAAUAAUACCCACAUCAAUCCAUAAAUGUUUACGUUAAGGAGUCGUGGAAAGAGCUCUCCAACGAAGAGGACGUUCCUCCAGAGUUCACCCCUCCCCCGCCCCGUCCCCGUCCUCCAGGUCCAUCUGUCAACGGCACGGUUGAACCCAUCUCAUUCUUUCCUGAGAUUGUUGUUGCACAGAAUGAUUCCCACACUCGCAGGUAAAUAAGGCCAGCUCAAUUAGAUUUCUAGCAGUCUAGACUUCAUACAUGCAAUAUUUAAUAUCACUCUUCAUUCUUCUCCCCCUGGAAUAUCUCUCCCAUUGCAGUGCCCCAUCAGAGACUGCACUGCGAUGGAGGGGAGGUAGUGAAGGCGCUACCGCCCAGUCUCAGUCUCCCACUGUAUCCGCUGAUCAACCUGAUGGCCAGGCGGGAAGCAAAGAACCAGCUCCCAAAGCUUCUACGAAACCCCACCGGCUGUAUGAGACAGAAACACAACAGGGGUUGAACCAGGACCAGGCAGCAGAGCAGGCAGCGGGAGACGUUAGCCCUGAGGCUCUGGGGGCCUGGACCCCCCUGCUGGCCAAUGUAUGCCUCUGCACGGCCCUGGCCCUGGGUGCUUAUGUCUGUUACCGGGCCUGUUUCCACUGA